GCGUUUCUGGCGGCAGUCAGCGGAGGCUUCCAGAGUCUGAGGAGGCUCCUUCACAGCCAUGGCUGAGGGCGGAGAAGGGGAGGAUGAGAUCCAAUUCCUGAGAACUGAUGAUGAAGUGGUGCUACAGAGUGUGGCCACCAUCCAGAAGGAGCAUCGCAAGUUUUGCCUGGCUGCAGAGGGACUCGGAAACCGCCUGUGUUACUUGGAACCCACCUCUGAAGCUAAGUAUGUUCCUCCAGACAUGUGUAUUUGUAACUUUGUGCUGGAGCAGUCCCUGUCGGUCCGAGCCCUGCAGGAAAUGCUGGCUAACACCGGGCAAAGCAGCGAAGGGAGUGCUGACCAUGAAAAAUGGGCGGGUCAGGGGGGUGGACACCGGACCCUGCUCUACGGUCACGCCAUCCUCUUACGCCACUCCUUCAGUGGCAUGUACUUGACCUGUUUGAAGACAUCAAGGUCACUGACAGACAAGCUGUCAUUUGAUGUCGGACUACAAGAAGACUCGAUAGGAGAGUCCUGCUGGUGGACGAUUCACCCUGCGUCCAAGCAGCGGUCCGAAGGAGAGAAAGUUCGUAUUGGAGACGAUCUGAUUCUUGUUAGCGUGUCGACUGAGAGAUACCUGCAUCUCUCCAUUUCUAUCAGCAACAUCCAGGUGGAUGCCUCCUUCAUGCAGACUCUGUGGAACGUGCAGCCGACCUGCUCAUCCAGCAACAUGGCCGUAGGGUAUUUGAUCGGUGGGCAUGUAAUGCGUCUGUGUCACGGUCAUGAUGAGAGUCUGACCAUUCCUGGAGCUGACAGGAGUGAAGAAGAGCAAAGAAUAGUGAAUUAUGAGGCAGGAAAGGGAGCUUCAAAAGCCCGCUCACUGUGGAGACUGGAGCCUCUUCGGGUCAGCUGGAGCGGGAGCCAUAUUCGAUGGGGCCAGCCUUUCCGUCUACGUCAUCUCUCCACUGGUCGUUAUCUGGCGUUGACUGAAGACCGCGGCCUGGUCCUGGAGGACAGAGAGAAGUCCGACACCAAGGCCACUGCUUUCUGCUUUAAGCCAUCUAAGGAAAAGGGUGACUCUGGCCUAAAGAGGGACAUCGAUGGGAUGGGAGCCCCAGAGAUCAAGUACGGAGACUCCGUCUGCUUUGUCAUGCAUGUGGCAACUGGGCUGUGGCUUUCUUAUCUGGCGCCUGAUGCCAAAUCAUCUCGCCUCGGUCCCCUGAAAAGAAGGGCCUGCCUUCACUCUGAGGGCCACAUGGAUGAUGGCCUCAUCCUCCAGCGCUGCCAGCAUGAAGAGUCUCGAGCUGCUCGCAUCAUCCGAAACACCACAUUCCUCUUCAAAAACUUCAUCAAAGCUUUGGACAGCGCCGCAGAGGGUGAAAGCAACGCGGUGGCCGGGUACGUGGAAGAGGUGCUGCAGACCCUGAACGAUCUGAUCGAGUACUUCAAGCAGCCCGACUCUGAGCUCGAGCACGAGGAGAAACAGUGUCUGCUCCGUUCGCUCAUCAAACGUCAAGACCUCUUCAAGGAGGAGGGCAUGCUGAGCCUCCUGUCCAUUUGCAUCGACCGGAUGAACCUGUACAACAGUGCAGCCCAUUUUGGAGAGAUGGCCGGGGAGGAAGCUGGUGCAGCGUGGAAGGACAUUCUCAACCUCCUUUAUGAACUCUUGGCUGCUCUGAUUCGUGGAAACAGGAACAACUGCACCCAGUUCUCCCGGAAAUUGGACUGGCUGGUCAACAAACUGGAGAGGCUGGAAUCAUCAUCGGGAAUCCUGGAAGUCCUCCACUGCAUCUUGGUAGAAAGCCCGGAGGCUCUGAACAUCAUUCAGAGAGGACAUAUUAAAUCCAUCAUCUCUCUGCUCUACAAGCACGGCCGCAACCACAAGAUUCUGGAUGUCCUGUGUUCUCUCUGUGUUUGCAAUGGCGUGGCAGUGAGAACCAAUCAGAACCUGAUCUGCGACAACCUUCUUCCUAAGAGGGACCUGCUGCUUCAGACCCGACUGGUUAAUGAUGUUCAAAGUAUGAGACCCAACAUUUUCCUGGGCAUCGCUGAAGGUUCAGCUCAAUAUAAGAAGUGGUACUUCGAGCUGGUCAUCGAUCAGGUGGACCACUUUGUGACUGGCGAGCCGACUCACCUGCGUGUAGGCUGGGCCAACACUAAAGGCUACGCUCCGUACCCUGGUGGAGGAGAGGGGUGGGGAGGCAACGGCGUGGGUGAUGACCUGUACUCCUACAGCUUUGAUGGACUUCAUCUCUGGUCAGGUCGAAUCCCCCGGGCUGUUGCUUCCAUUAACCAGCACCUGCUGAACUCUGAUGACGUGGUCAGCUGCUGUCUGGACUUGGGCGCUCCCAGCAUGUCCUUUAGGAUCAAUGGUCAGCCUGUGCAGGGCAUGUUCGAGGACUUCAACACGGAUGGAUUCUUCUUCCCCGUCGUCAGCUUCUCUGCAGGUGUAAAAGCUCGUUUCCUGUUGGGCGGACGCCACGGAGAUUUCAAGUUCCUGCCACCUGCCAGUUACUCUCCGUGCUACGAAGCCCUCCUGCCAAAGGAGAAGAUGCACGUAGAGCCUGUGAAGGAGUACAAACGGGACCACGAUGGGGUCCGCGAUCUUCUGGGAACUACCCAGUUCCUCUCUCAGGCCUCCUUCAUUCCCACUCCUGUUGACACCAGCCAGAUUGUUCUUCCUCCUCAUCUGGAGAACAUCCGUGACAAGCUGGCAGAAAACAUCCAUGAACUUUGGGGGAUGAACAAGAUUGAACUGGGCUGGACUUAUGGCAAGAUCCGGGAUGACAACAAGAGGCAGCACCCUUGCCUUGUGGAUUUCACCAAACUGCCUGAAACUGAACGGAGCUACAAUCUGCAGAUGUCCAGCGAAACACUCAAGACCCUGUUGGCACUCGGCUGCCAUGUUGCCCAGAUUAAUGUUCAUGCUGAAGAUGAUCUUAAGAAAAUCAAAUUGCCUAAAGACUACUUGAUGUCUAACGGUUACAAGCCUGCGCCACUAGAACUCUCUGAUGUGAAACUGACUGCGGGUCAAGAGGUUCUAGUUGAUAAACUGGCUGAAAACGCACACAACGUUUGGGCCAAAGACAGAAUAAAACAAGGAUGGACCUAUGGUAUCCAGCAGGAUUUGAAGAGCAGGCGUAAUCCUCGCCUGGUGCCAUAUGCUUUACUGGAUGAACGCACUAAGAAGUCUAACAGAGACAGUCUGAGAGAAGCCAUUAGGACCAUUGUUGGAUAUGGAUAUGAAAUCGAUCCUCCAGACCAGGAGGUUGUGCAUGCGUUAGAUGGUCAGAGCAUCGAGACCAUCCGCUUCUUCCGUGUGGAGCAAACGUAUGCCGUGAAGACGGGGAAGUGGUAUUUUGAGUUUGAGGUCCUAACUGGAGGGGACAUGAGGGUCGGCUGGGCCAGACCAGGAUGCAGACCCGACGUGGAGCUGGGCGCAGAUGACCAAGCCUACGUCUUUGAUGGAUACAGGGGUCGACGAAUGCACGCCGGCAGCCGCUACUUUGGGCAGCCUUGGAAAAAGGGUGACGUGGUUGGUUGCAUGAUCAAUAUGGAGGACAAAUCCAUGAUUUUCACCCUGAAUGGAGAGAUCCUGAUCACCAGCAAGGGUUCAGAGCUUUGCUUCGCCGACUUUGAAACAGAGGAUGGUUUUAUCCCAGUCUGCAGCCUCGGCAUGUCCCAGAUCGGCCACAUGAACCUGGGCAAAAACGCGAGCACCUUUAAGUACUACACCAUGUGUGGUCUUCAGGAGGGUUUUGAGCCCUUUGCUGUCAACACGAACCGAGAGAUUACAAUGUGGUUCAGCAAGCGCUUGCCCACUUUUUUCAACGUACCUCAGGACCACAUGCACAUUGAGGUGACGCGGAUCGAUGGAACUGUUGACAACCCACCCUGCCUGAAGGUCACUCAUAAGACAUUUGGAACCCAGAACAGCAACAAUGACAUGGUUUACUGCAGGCUGAGCAUGCCUGUGGAGUUUUACUCUGCAGACAGGGUACUGGACGAGUCACUAAAACUCAGCCAUCCUCCAAAAGAAGAUGGAAGUAUUGACUACGGGACCAUCCAUACUUACUACCACUCGGUGAGAGUGUUUGCCGGACAGGACCCUGCCUCUGUGUGGGUGGGCUGGGUCACACCCGAUUACCAUUACUACAACAAGAACUUCGGUCUCAGCAAGACUCAAACCGUCACCGUCACCCUGGGAGACGAGAGGGGCCGGGUCCACGAGAGCGUUCAGAGGAGUAACUGCUACAUGGUGUGCGCGGCCGACGCCGUCAGCCCGUCCUCCUCUAGCCAUUCCAACUCAGACCUGGAAAUCGGCUGUCUGAUCGACCUGGCCACGGGCUUCGUCUCCUUCACAGCCAACGGCACCGAAUUGCCCACAGUCUAUCAGGUGGAGCCGAACACCAAGCUCUUUCCAGCUGUUUUUGUACGCCCCACCAGCUCAAACCUCUUCCAGUUUGAAUUUGUCAAGAUCAAGGAUGCCAUGCCGCUGUCGUCUGCCAUCUUCAGAAGCGAGCAGAGGAACCCGGUUCCUCAGUGUCCACCGAGACUGGAUGUGCAGACCAUCGUGGCCGUGCUCUGGAGUCGAAUGCCGAACACCUUCCUGAAUGUGGAGACGGCUCGGGUCAGUGAACGGCACGGCUGGGUGGUCCAAUGUCUGGAGCCCCUGCAGAUGAUGGCUGUGCACAUACCUGAAGAGAACAGGUGUUUGGACAUCCUAGAGUUAUCAGAGCAUGAGGACCUGAGGAAAUUUCACUACCACACUCUGAAGUUGUACAGCGCUCUCUGUGCUCUGGGAAACAAUCGUGUCGCUCACGCUCUCUGCAGCCAUUUAGACCAGUCGCAGCUCCUCUACACCAUCGACAACCAGUACCUGUCAGGCAUGCUCAGAGAGGGCUUCUAUAAUGUCCUCAUCAGCAUUCAUCUCGAGACAGCGAAGGAGGCGCGCCUGAUGAUGAACAAUGAGUUCAUUAUCCCUGUGACAGAUGAGACUCGUUCCAUCAAACUCUUCCCAGAUGAGUCCAAGCAACACUCGCUGCCCGGCGUGGGCCUCAGCACCUCCCUUACACCUCGGGUCAACUUCUCCCCCGUCGGCAUCAUCAACACCAAACGCCACCAGUUCCUCUACAGCCCCCAGAUCCCACUGGGCAUCUUGAAGGAGAAAGCCAUUAGCAUGCUGACGGAAGCCGUGCAGGGAGGGGGCUCGCACAUCCGAGACCCCGUGGGCGGGAGUUUGGAGUAUCAGUUUGUUCCCAUCCUGAAGCUCAUCGGAACGCUGCUCAUCAUGGGGGUCCUGACCAGUGACGAGGUGAGGCUGAUCCUCCUCCUGAUCGAGCCCAACGUGUUCGGGGAGGUCAAGGAGGGUGAGGAGGCGAAGGGGGAUGAGGUGGCUGGGGUAAGGGAGAAGGAGGAGGUGAGCAAGAAUGAGGAGAAGGCUGUGGAGGCGGGGGAGGAGGAGACCAAGGAGAGUAAACCACCUGCUAAAAGUCUGCUGGAGAAGUCGCUGCCGGAGUCCGUCAAACGGCAGAUGUGCGAGCUGCUGCAUUACUUCUGCGACUGCGAGCUGAAGCAUCGCAUCGAAUCCAUCGUCUCGUUCUCCGACAGAUUUGUUUCCAAGCUGCAGUUUAAUCAGAAGUUUCGCUACAACGAGCUGAUGCUGGCUCUCAACAUGUCCGCCGCCGUCACGGCCAAGAAGACCAAGGAGUUCCGCUCGCCGCCUCACGAGCAGAUCAAUAUUCUCCUGAACUUUGACGCAGGGGAGGACUGUCCCUGUCCAGAGGAGGUCCAGGAUGAGCUCAAGUCCUUCCAUGAAGAAUUACGACUCCACUGUGGAAUCCCAGUGGAUGAGGAGGAGGAAGAGCAGGACACGUCUAUAAAAGGCCGUCUGCUGGCUUUGCUCUACAAGAUUAAAGGUCCACCUCAGAAGACAGAAGAAGAACCCAAAGAGACGGAGCAGGCGGCUCCAACCAACCUGAAGGAGCUGAUUUCUCAGACCAUAACCAGCUGGGCUCAGGAGUCGCACAUCCAGGACCCAGAGCUGGUCAGAGUGAUGUUCAGCCUGCUGAGGAGGCAGUACGACGGCAUCGGGGAACUGCUGCGGGCCAUGAAGAAAUCCUACACCAUCAGCGCCGCAUCCGUGCAGGAUGCUAUUAACCUGCUGGCCUCCCUGGGUCAAAUCAGGUCUCUGCUUUCAGUGCGAAUGGGCAAAGAGGAGGAGAAGCUCAUGAUAGAUGGACUCGGGGACAUCAUGAACAAUAAAGUUUUUUACCAACAUCCCAACCUGAUGAGAGUUCUGGGCAUGCACGAGACCGUCAUGGAGGUCAUGGUCAAUGUUCUGGGAGGAGACAAGUCCCAGGAAAUUGCCUUCCCAAAAAUGGUGGCCAGCUGCUGUCGAUUCUUGUGCUACUUCUGUCGUAUCAGCCGUCAGAACCAGAAAGCCAUGUUUGACCACCUUAGCUACCUGCUGGAGAACAGCAGCGUUGGACUGGCGUCUGAGGCGAUGCGGGGCUCCACUCCUCUGGAUGUUGCAGCAUCUUCGGUGAUGGACAACAACGGCCUGGCCCUGGCUCUGGAGGAACCUGAUCUGGAGAAGGUGGUGACAUACCUGGCAGGAUGCGGUCUGCAGAGCUGUGCCAUGCUUGUUGCCAAGGGUUACCCUGACCUGGGCUGGAACCCCAUAGAAGGAGAGCGCUACCUGUCCUUCCUGAGAUUUGUCGUCUUCUGCAAUGGUGAGAGUGUGGAGGAAAACGCCAACGUGGUGGUGAAGCUGCUGAUCCGACGCCCCGAGUGUUUUGGUCCCGCCCUGAGGGGAGAGGGAGGACAGGGUCUGCUGGCCGCCAUGAAGGAGGCAAUCAAGAUCUCUGAGGAUCCAGCUCUGGACCUGCCGAAGGCCCCCACUGGAGCCGCUCCAGGGCUUGGAGAGGAGGAGGGAGAAGUUAUUCACAUGGGAAACGCCAUCAUGUCCUUCUACUCGGCCCUCAUCGACCUGCUGGGGCGCUGCGCUCCAGAGAUGCAUCUUAUCAACGCAGGUAAAGGUGAGGCGCUGCGUAUCAGAGCCAUCCUGCGCUCUCUGGUUCCCACGUCAGACCUGGUGGGCAUCAUCAGCAUCCCCCUCAACAUGCCCGUGAUUAAUAAAGAUGGCUCGGUGACGGAACCGGACAUGUCGGCUUGUUUCUGUCCGGACCACAAGGCCCCCAUGGUGCUCUUUCUGGACAGAGUUUACGGCAUCGAGGACCAGAGCUUCCUGCUUCAGAUGUUGGAGGUCGGCUUCCUGCCUGACCUCAAAGCCUCAGCGUCUUUGGACACGGAAGUGCUGAGCACCACGGAGACGGCAUUGGCCAUGAACCGCUACAUCGGCUCAGCUCUGCUGCCUCUGCUGACCCGCUGCGCCGCUCUGUUCGCCAACACGGAGCACUACGCUCAGCUGGUCGACUCCACGCUGGAGACCAUCUACCGGCUGUCCAAAGGUCGCUCGCUCACCAAAGCCCAACGGGACGCCAUCGAGGAGUGUCUGCUCGCUAUCUGCAGGCACCUGCGGCCCUCUAUGAUGCAGCAGCUGCUCAGACGGCUGGUGUUCGAUGUCCCGAUGCUCGCUGAAUACUGCAAGAUGCCUCUGCGGCUGCUGACCAACCAUUACGAGCAGAACUGGAAGUACUACUGCCUUCCUUCAGGGAUGGCCGGGUUCGGGAUGGCCUCGGAGGAGGAACUUCUUCUCACUAAGAAACUCUUCUGGGGAAUCUUCGACUCCCUUUCUCAGAAGAAGUAUGAUUCUGAACUUUUCAAAAUGGCCAAGUCCUGCCUGUGUGCCAUCGCUGGAGCUCUGCCUCCGGACUUCAUAGACACCAGCUCAGGGGCCCUGGAGAAACAGGAAUCAGUGGACGCGCAGGGCAACUUUGAACCCAAACCCAUCAACACUGCCAAUAUUUCCCUUCCUGAAAAACUCGAGUACGUUGCUAACAAGUAUGCCGAGCAUUCCCACGACAAGUGGGCCUCAGAGAAGAUGUCAGCUGGUUGGAAACACGGAGACGGUGUGGAUGAACAGGGCAAAACUCAUCCACUGCUGAAGCCGUACAAAUCUUUGAGCGAGAAGGAGAGAGAAACGUACCGCUGGCCUGUGAGGGAGUCUUUGAAGAGCAUGUUGGCCAUGAACUGGAACAUCGAGAGAACCAAAGAGGGCGAGGCCAUGUUCCAACAGCGCGAGAGCGAAAAACAACGAAAGCUCUCGCUGACUCAGACUAACGGCUUCAGCCCGGCUCCAAUGGACCUCGACAACAUCACUUUGUCUCGAGAGUUACAGGGCAUGAUGGAGGUGGUUGCAGAAAAUUACCACAACAUCUGGGCUAAGAAGAAGAAAUCCGAGCUGUUUAGCAAAGGAGAAGGACUGGCUCACCCGCUGCUCGUUCCCUACGACACCCUGACUGCCAAAGAGAAGUACAGAGACAAAGAGAAAGCCCAGGAGCUCUUCAAGUUCCUGCAGAUAAGUGGCUACGCCAUCACAAGGGGUUUGAAGGACAUGGAGCAGGACUCGUCUUCCAUGGAAAAACGUUUUGCCUACAAGUUCGUCAAGAGGCUGCUGAAAUGCGUCGACUCGGCUCAGGAGUUCAUCGCUCAUCUCGAGGCCAUGGCCACCAGUGGAAAGACUGAUAAAUCACCUCACGACCAGGAAAUCAAGUUCUUUGCCAAGGUGUUGCUACCAUUGAUUGAUCAAACGUUUAAGAACCACUGCCUCUACUUCCUGUCCACACCUAGUAAGAACCUGAGUAGCUGUGGCUGCGCCUCCAACAAGGAGAAGGAGAUGGUCACCAGCCUGUUCUGUAAGAUGGCAGCUCUUGUUAGACACAGGAUUUCUCUCUUUGGAAGUGAUUCUGCAAAUAUGGUGAGCUGUCUGCACAUCCUCUCCCACUCACUGGACACCAGAACAGUGAUGAAGUCUGGAGCAGAGCUGGUCAAAGCCGGCUUCAAGUCAUUCUUUGAGAAUGCAGCCGAGGACCUGGAGAAGCUGGUGGAGAUGCUGAAGCUGGGGAAGUUCAUGCAGUCACGUGCGCAGAUGAAGAGCGUCACUCAGAGCAUCAACUAUGUGACCGUGGCUCUGCUGCCCAUCCUCACUGCCCUGUUUGAACACAUCACCACUCACGAAUUUGGAGUGGACCUGCUUUGUUGAGCAACCUCUGAGGAACAAGAAGUGCGUGGGCCAGAAGCUGCUGUCCAAACAGCGUAAACGGGCCGUGGUGGCUUGUUUCCGCAUGGCUCCACUUUACAACCUGCCCAGGCAUCGUGCUAUCAACCUCUUCAUCCCGGCCUAUGAGAGACUUUGGAUAGAGGCAGAGGAGUACUCCUUUGAGGAGAAGCUAGUUCAGGAUCUGGCAAAAACGCCGAUGAAGAUAGUGGAGGAAGAGGAGGAGGAGACGGCUGAGAUCCGGCCUGACCCUCUGCACCAACUCAUCCUCCACUUCAGCCACAACGCUCUGACGGAGAGGAGCCACUUGGAAGAAGAUCCUUUAUAUAUCGCAUAUGCAGACAUGAUGGCAAAGAGCUGUGCAGAGGAUGAGGAAGAAGAGGAAGAAGAAGGGAAGGAAAAAACAUUUGAGGAAAAGGAGAUGGAGAAGCAGAAAAUCCUGUAUCAGCAGGCGAGGCUGCACGCUCGUGGAGCCGCUGAAAUGGUGCUGCAGAUGAUCAGUGCUAGUAAAGGUCGUUUGGGCUCCAUGGUGACCUGCACUCUCAAACUGGGCAUCUCCAUCCUAAACGGAGGCAAUGUGCAAGUUCAGCAGAAAAUGCUCGAUUACUUGAAAGAGAAACGAGACGCAGGCUUCUUCAAGAGUCUGUCAGGACUGAUGCAGUCUUGCAGUGUCCUGGAUUUGAACGCAUUUGAGAGGCAAAACAAAGCAGAAGGACUUGGCAUGGUGACAGAGGAAGGUUCAAUCCACACUAAGCGGGGCUCCAAGGUGCUCCAGAAUGACGAGUUCACCAAAGAUCUGUUCCGGUUUUUGCAACUUCUCUGUGAGGGGCACAACGGAGAUUUCCAGAAUUUCCUGAGAACCCAAACUGGAAAUACAAUGACGGUCAACAUCAUCAUCAGCACGGUUGACUAUCUGCUUCGUCUUCAGGAAUCAAUCAGUGACUUUUACUGGUAUUAUUCUGGGAAAGAUAUCAUUGAUGAAACUGGGAAACUUAACUUCUCCAAAGCUUUGUCUGUAGCCAAGCAGAUCUUCAACUCACUGACUGAGUACAUUCAGGGGCCCUGUAUUGGAAACCAGCAGAGUUUAGCUCAUAGCAGACUGUGGGACGCAGUUGUGGGCUUUUUGCACGUGUUUGCAAACAUGCAGAUGAAGCUGUCGCAGGAUUCCAGUCAAAUUGAGCUGCUGAAGGAGCUUAUGGACUUACAGAAAGACAUGGUCGUCAUGUUGCUCUCUCUCCUUGAGGGUAAUGUGGUGAACGGAACAAUAGGAAAGCAGAUGGUCGACACUCUGGUGGAGUCUUCGAGUAACGUGGAGAUGAUCCUGAAGUUCUUUGACAUGUUCCUCAAGCUGAAGGAUCUCACAACGUCCGACAACUUCAAGGAGUACGACCCGGAGUUCAAGGGCAUCAUUUCCAAGAAGGAGUUCCAGAAGUCGAUGGAGAGCCAGAAGCAGUACAGCCAGUCGGAGAUCGAAUUCCUGCUCUCGUGCGCUGAGGCCGACGAGAACGACAUGUUUAAUUACAAAGAAUUUGUCGAGCGCUUCCAUGAGCCGGCCAAAGAUAUCGGCUUCAACGUGGCGGUGCUGCUGACCAACCUCUCUGAACACAUGCCCCACGACUCCCGACUGGCCACCUUCUUAGACUUGGCUGAAAGCGUGCUCAGCUACUUCGAGCCUUACCUGGGUCGUAUCGAAAUCUUGGGCAGCGCCAAGCGCAUCGAGAGGGUUUACUUCGAGAUCAGCGAGUCGAGCCGUGAGCAGUGGGAAAAGCCGCAGGUGAAGGAAUCCAAGCGUCAGUUCAUCUUCGACGUGGUAAACGAGGGAGGAGAGAGCGAAAAGAUGGAGAUGUUUGUGAAUUUCUGCGAGGACACCAUCUUUGAGAUGCAGCUGGCCUCGCAGAUCUCCGAACCGGACAUCGUCGAACAGCCUGAAGAGGAGGAGGAGGAGGAAGGACACAGCCUCCUUGAGGAGCUUUCUGAAGCGGAGGCGCAGGAGUCGCUCUCGGCUUUCAGCGCGGCGUGUCGCUCCGUCAAGAACAAGAUCGCAGCAGUCCGGCAGAUUUUUACCGUUAAAAACGUACGCAAGCAGUUCAAGAAAAUCAAAAAGCUGAGCAUCAGGGAGCUUAUCACGGGCUUCUUCUCUUUCUUCUGGAUGCUUUUCAUCGGCUUUUUCAAAGGAAUUUUCAGCCUCAUCUUUGGUUUCUUCCACCUUAUCUGGUCCUCCAUGUUCGGCGGAGGACUUGUUGAGGGAGCCAAGAACAUGAAGGUGACGGACAUCCUCGGGAACAUGCCCGACCCCACUCAGUUUGGCAUCCAUGGCGACGUAGAAGGAGAUAAAGUGGAAGCUAUAGAGACAUCGGGAAGCUUGGACAAAACUAUGACACCAACCGGAGACUCAUCGGAUAUGGACGUCAUGUUGGAGAUGCUAACGGCGCCCAAAAAGGAAGGAGGCAAACACGUGGAGCCUGGCCUGGGUGACGUUUCUGAGCAGAGCGCCGAUUCCUCCACUGCAGACCAAAAGAAGAAAGCUGCUGCCAAGCCCACUGAAGCCCCGGACAGCGAACAAGAAAAAGCCGACACAGAGAACCAGGAGAAGGAGGAUAAACCGAAGGAGGAGGCGGCUAAGGAGCCAGCGGCAGAGGAGAAACCCAGGACCAAAUCAAGUCAGCCUAAAGAAGCAUCUCCUGCCUUCAUGUCCACCAUAUUUGCUGUUCUUGACGUCUACCUGAACAAGAUGCUGAACUACCUGGCUCGUAACUUCUACAACCUCCGUUUCCUGGCUCUCUUCGUGUGCUUUGCCAUCAACUUCAUCCUGCUCUUUUACAAGGUUACUGGUGAGACGGAUGAAGAGGCUGAUGAGGAUGAUGAAAAUACCUGGGGGGAUGAGGGGGAUGAUGAGAACACGCUGUUUGACAUGGACGAGUUCGUCCUUCAGGAGAGCACCGGGUACAUGUUACCCACGCUGCGCUUCCUGGCCAUAUUCCACACGGUUAUCUCCCUCCUCUGUCUGGUCGGGUACUACUGUCUGAAGGUUCCUUUAGUGGUUUUCAAGAGGGAGAAGGAGAUCGCCAGGAAGCUUGAGUUUGACGGUUUGUACAUCACUGAGCAGCCGUCGGACGACGACAUCAAAGGCCAGUGGGAUCGCCUCGUCAUCAACACGCCGUCGUUCCCGAACAACUACUGGGACAAAUUCAUUAAACGCAAGGUGAUCAACAAAUACGGUGACAUGUACGGAGCUGAACGCAUCGCUGAGCUUCUGGGUCUGGACAAAAGUGCUCUGGACUUUGACCCCACGGUGGAGACUGUCGAGAAGGAAGCUUCCCUGCUUUCAUGGUUGAGCUCUAUUGACACAAAGUACCACAUCUGGAAAAUGGGAGUGGUUCUGACUGACAACUACUUCCUGUAUCUGAUCUGGUACACCACCAUGUCCGUCUUUGGACACUUCAACAACUUUUUCUUUGCUGCUCAUCUGCUGGACAUCGCCAUGGGCUUCAAGACUCUCCGCACCAUCCUGUCUUCUGUCACUCACAACGGGAAGCAGCUCGUGCUGACCGUGGGUCUGCUGGCCGUGGUCGUCUACCUCUACACCGUGGUGGCCUUCAACUUCUUCAGAAAGUUCUACAAUAAGAGCGAAGACGAAGACGAGCCCGACAUGAAGUGUGACGAUAUGAUGACGUGCUACUUGUUCCACAUGUAUGUGGGCGUGAGAGCUGGAGGUGGUAUUGGAGACGAGCUGGAGGACCCAGCUGGAGAUCCUUACGAACUCUACCGCAUCCUGUUUGACAUCACUUUCUUCUUCUUUGUCAUCGUCAUCCUGCUGGCCAUCAUUCAGGGUUUGAUUAUUGAUGCCUUUGGUGAGCUCAGAGACCAGCAGGAGCAGGUGAAGGAGGACAUGGAGACCAAAUGCUUCAUUUGUGGCAUUGGGAAUGACUACUUUGACCGAACGCCUCACGGGUUUGAAACCCACACCUUACAAGAGCACAACCUUGCUAACUACCUGUUCUUCCUCAUGUACCUGAUCAACAAAGAUGAAACUGAACACACGGGUCAGGAGUCGUACGUGUGGAAGAUGUACCAGGAGAGAUGCUGGGACUUCUUCCCCACAGGAGACUGCUUCCGUAAGCAAUAUGAGGACCAGCUGGGUUAGAGGAGGCAGCCUCUGCAGGCGCCCCCAACCCCCUACUUCACUCUGUUAACAGAACCUGGAAAUAAAACCUGGAUUUCUACACAAAACAUGAUUGGACACUCUGGACUUGUGCAUUCAUGACAACUGAGUGUUUAUGCACAAUUUGUGGUCAGGACGCUUGUGUCACUACCAUGUCAACUGGUUACGUUCCUUAACAUCAAAUACUUUGCCUUUAACAACGGUUCAAGUCUAUUGACAUCAAGAUGGUUCCUUUGGGACUAGCUGACGACUCAGUUUAGAGGUUAAUUAAGUGCCAAAGUGCCUUUUUUGAAGAAACUAUGCAAAAAAAUAAAAUAAACAUAUUUUUGUUCCUCCUUACACAAGCAAAUUUACGUUAGUUUGGUGGCUCUGGAAUAAAAAUAUGGAAAAAAGUUGUAUAAAAUCUAGACAUUUGUGUAAAUGUUGCUCCGUUUGGUUCCUAAGCUGUGGUGUCCUGCCUGCUUGCACUUUCCUCCACAGUGAAAGAACACCACACCCACGGAAAAUCGCUAAAUCUGAUUCAACCAUUUACUGGUCGAAUGGUUAGCUGCCUGUUGGUAGCUUUGGAAAACUGACUCUUGAUGGGAGGAAAUUAAUAAAAUGACGCAAUAAAA